UGGUCAUUUCUUUACUGAUCUUUUUGGUUGUUCCCUUUCUUCUUCAGCUUGCCUAUAUAAACAGGGUUCCGCUGCAACUAUUUCUCGUCAAAUCCACCCAUUUGUGGGAAGAAGUCUUAUCAGUAUCUGAUCUUUCACCUUUCAUUAAUUUGUGUUCUAUAUUCUACUUCCGCUAGUAGUUGAAAUUUGGCAAUUAAGAUGGCACAAUACGGGGCUGAAUAUGGCAACCAAAAGAGCCAGUACGAUGAGUACGGAAACCCAGUUCGUCAGACAGACGAAUAUGGUAACCCUGCCCGCCAUGGAGGUACCAUGGGUGAUUAUGGAACCACUGGCACUACUGGAGCCUAUGGUGGCACAGCUGGAGCACAUGGGACUUAUGCAACUGGAACCACCGGCACUACCGGUACCGGUGCAUAUGCCACCCAGCCUGGCACUGAUGUGGGGAAGGAGCACCAUGGCCUUGGUGGCAUGCUUCAUCGCUCUGGUAGCGGUAGCUCUAGCUCGUCCGAGGAUGAUGGGCAAGGCGGGAGGAGGAAGAAGGGGAUGAAGGAGAAGAUAAAGGAGAAACUGCCUGGCGGUCACAAGGAGGCUCGACCUGGACAAGAAUAUUCGAGUGCUACUACAGCUCCUGGAUACGGCGGGGAAGGAGAGCAGCACGAGAAGAAAGGAAUUAUGGAUAAAAUCAAGGAGAAAUUACCAGGGGGUCACAACAACUGAAGAUCUAAUUCUAAUAAUAUGGGAUCCAAUUAUGAUAUUGUGUACCCCUAUUUUCAAUCUCAAUCGCAAUCUCAAUCUCGUUCGUGUCAUGUUUGUGUUUUCUGAGAUUUGAGUGUGUGGACGUCUUGAGUUUCUGUAAUUGGAAUAAAAAGAUGAUGAUGAUGACUCUGUAGUGUGUUUGUCCGUAUAUUCGGCGUCUUGUACUCGGGUCAUCUGGUCAUGUAUGUAUGUAACAUGUUGUCAUAUAUCAAAUACGUGAAGUUUUGCGUUA